GUCCAUGACGCACGCCCACUUCCUCGUGACGUAACACGUGAAACGUUCACUGAUACCGGAAGUGUUGAGAAAGAAACAUUUGCGUGAUCGUGUCGUGUUUGUUGCACUUUUUAGGACACUGAGUAACUACAUAUAUAUUUGGUCAGCAUGGCAGUCGACUGGCUCGGCUUCGGCUAUGCAGCUACUAUUUUAUUCGGAGGCUUUAUGGGAUAUAAGAGAAAAGGAAGCUUGAUGUCACUAAUUGCGGGGUUGUUUUUUGGUGGCAUAUCUGCAUAUGGGGCCUUUAGGGUAACAAUUGAUCCACAAGACAAAUGGACCUUGUUUGCUGCUUCAGGUGCUCUGGCAGUUGUCAUGGGAAUGAGAUUCAAGAAAUCUGGAAAAUUAAUGCCUGCAGGUAUUAUGGCUGGAUUAAGCCUCAUGAUGGUCGUGCGACUGCUGCUCCUCUGAACAUGGCCAUGAAAUGAAGCUUAUUCAACUGCAGCUUUCCUGGCAGUAGUGUUAUAAACACAAUACUGGAUAUAUUGCACUGCAUCAGCUCCUCACUAAUCAUUCAGAACACUCACCAUGUACAUUCCAAACAAAGCCUAUUUUUAAUUUUUUUUUGUUUAUACAUUAUUUGAUUAAUUCUGUUUACAUUGCAUUUCUGAGUAAAAAAAAAAAAAGUACAGCAAACAAAAGAUCACAAAUGCUUUAUCUAAUAAAAAACACUCAAGUUAAA